AUGAGGAUCCACAGCCUCACCCUGCUGUCCUUCCUCCUUCUGGCCACUCAGGUGCUCUUGAUACACAUCCCAAAGAGAGUAAAAAUAGGACAGGGAAGCAAACCAGAUUUGGAUCGUUGGUUCCCUAUGGAACCACCAGAGAAUGGGGCAGAAGUCCAGCCAUCUGAUUUUGUGCGCAUAUCAAGCUUUACCAUUGACAAUCAAACUGUGUGCGAGGGACGUCUCACUGAGAAGGGGUAUGGCAGCGUUGCACUAAAGAUCGACUGCACUCGAAACAACAGUCAGUUCUCCUGUGUCUUCACGGGCAAUAUAGAUUCAUGCCUGGAGUCUUUGGAGCACAAACUUGACUAUUUGGGAGAAAUUAUCAGGAGCCUAAAACUCCAGAAAAACGUCUGUGGGAACUCCACAGCCAUGCUGAUGACCAGUGUGUGUGGUAGCAAGUUUGAGGAAUCCAAUCUCAAGCUGGUGAGCUCCACUCUACUCAAUUGCCAGAAUCCCAGUCAGGAUGAUAUUUGUCCCACCCACCAGGAGCAGAUCAAGAUCAAACUGAACUCCACCGCUGAGUUCAUCCCAGUUAAAAAGACCAACAGUACAGAGUCAAUCAAGAAUGAAACAACCAACCACAAGGAGCAAAUCCUGGUGACAGAAACCACCCCCAGCAGCCUAGUGCACACACAGACCAGGACCACCACUAAACCUCAAGGCAGUGAUUAA